AUGGCUGACCGCGUGCACCGGGUGACCAUGUUCAAAAUCCCCGACAAGGAGAACCAGGCGAAGCUGAUUGCCGCCUACGCCAAAGACGGCAAGCCGUACAUCAAAUCCCUCAUUGUCGGCUCUACGGAAGAGGACCCUCGGUCUCAAGGGUACACGUUGGUGUGCAAGACGGAAUUCGCCAGCAUGGACGACAUGAAGUUUUACGACGACGGAUGCCCUGCGCACAGCGAGUUCAAGGCUACUGCCAGGGGCCUUGGUGUCGAGGGCAUUAUGACGACGUACUUUACGCCAGCGCUAAUUGGAGGAUCGUCGUAG